GUGAUUUUUCAAUAGUAACAGUCCAUACUUGAUCUAGAAGACUAGCUUCAUUCCUACCCAUAGAUAAAAAAUUAUUCUUUGCUAUAUAUAUAAAUACCUAUAGUGGAAGCCAAAGGUACCAUGCUUCUAUUUUCUACCACUAGAUUCAUUACUAUAUGGUGGCAUAUCAAGAGUUGCCAGAAAAUCAUUCAUGGCAGUGAAGGAAAUUAGUAACACUAGGAGCCAAAAUAGUCAUCAACAUCAUCAACAACAACAAGAAGGUUGUAAUGCUUGCAAGUCUUUUGGCCAGAAGUGUAGUCACUUGGUCAAGAAGCAGCGUGCAAAAUUCUACAUUCUUGGCCGUUGCGUUGCAAUGCUUUUGUGUUGGCACGAGCGUGCCGAGCACUGAUCGAGUUAAGCUAUGUAACACUGAUACUUCUGAGAUUAAGUGUAUUUCUUUGUUUGAGUAUUUCAUUAUUACAAGGUUGUAACAUAAUUAAGAGGGUUUUAUGUGAUACUAAAAAUUGUUGCUUUGUAAUUUUUUUCUUAUAGAAUUGCAUUUGUGUGUAAAUUACAUGCAUUUGCUAACAUGUGAAAGAGAUUAGAUCUGUUUCAACUUUCACAACUAUUGAGUAGAUCUUCUUUUUCAGAUGUCAAGAGUAUGUCUAUGAAACUCAAUUAAUGUCAUUUCAUUCAUCACCA